CCUAGCUUGCUGGUAUUCACAGGCGGAUAAAAUAGCUCGGAUAGAUAUUUCAGUUGACCAAUAAAAUAGUCACCUUGUAAGAAAAUGCAAAGAAGCCAACUUAUUAUGCAUGUAUCUAGGACAGGAAAGGCUCUUUCUAUGAGAGAGGGUUAGUAAAUAUUUACGCGUUAAUGUGCCAUACGAACCAAUAGCGAAUAGCUGGAGGCGUUCACUUGAGCAGUUAGCUAGCUGGCUAGAUAAGUUUGAGUGAAUGGUAGGGGGCAAUGAUGGAGGCUUGAUUGCAGAGUUUUUAAGUGCUAGAUUGCUGGAAUCCACAUUCUCAUAUUGGACUAUUACGCCUUCCCCGUUGUUUCUUGAGAGGAAACCAUGUUUUAUACUUAUGUUUAUCUUGCGAGCUACAUAGCAUCGUUAACUUAAUAAGCGAUUCAAAUGGUAGCUGUACUUGGAGAUCAAUCCGCUUGCUUGCUUUUUCAUUUAAAUGGUUGAUGAUACUGCUGGAGUAACUGUUAGCUGGCAAUGAUCUCGCUAGCAAGUCAUGCAACCAUAUAACAGACUAGUUUGCUAAACAAUUGAGGGCUGCAAAGCAUGAGAUGAAUUCCUAGCAACAACAAAAAAAAUCUGAUUUGGGGAAGCCCUUUCCUUUGCGGCCAUGCACGAUCCUGCCAGUCUCGACUGCCAUCAGAUGAAGGAUAUCAUGCCACCUCUUCCACUUUUACCCUGAUGUUUUGAGAAGGCAUGCCAACUCAGCAAAAGAAGAGGAAUCUUAGCGAUACUGUUGUAUAUAUCCGUUCAUUUUAAAAUGUCAACGACGCGUGUGCAGAAGUUACAAAAUAUUGCGGGAUCAUUUUGAACAUCUGCCACAAAGAAAACACGACCGUGCAAACGAGGAGUACGCAAAGAAUAUCUCCGUUGAUCAAGAAAUAUGGCUUCGGUUUGGAAAAGGUUGCAACGUGUGGGAAAACAUGCGUCCAAAUUCCAGUUCGUGGCAUCUUACCAGGAACUCAUGGUGGAAUGCACAAAGAAAUGGCAACCGGACAAACUCGUGGUCGUGUGGACGCGCCGGAGUCGACGGAAAUCCUCCAAGUCUCAUAGCUGGCAGCCUGGCAUUAAGAACCCGUACAGAGGAGUGGUGGUGUGGCCUGUUCCGGAGAACGUGGAGAUCACAGUCACUCUGUUCAAGGACCCUCAUGCGGAAGAGUUUGAAGACAAGGAGUGGACGUUCGUUAUUGAAAAUGAGUCCCCCUCGGGCCGGCGGAAGGCCCUGGCCACCAGCAGCAUCAACAUGAAGCAGUACGCCAGCCCCAUGCCCACGCAGACCGACGUCAAGCUCAAGUUCAAGCCGCUGUCCAAGAAGGUGGUCGCAGCCACGCUCCAGUUCUCCCUCUCCUGCAUCUUCCUGCGCGAGGGCAAGGCCACGGACGAGGACAUGCAGAGCCUGGCCAGCCUGAUGAGCAUGAAGCAGGCCGACAUCGGCAACCUGGACGACUUCGAGGAGGAGAACGAGGAGGACGAGGAGAACCGGGUGAACCAGGAGGAGAAGGCUGCUAAGAUCACAGAAAUAGUAAAGCAGUUGAAUGCCCUCAGCAGCUUAGAUGAGGAUCCUGAUGACUGCCUAAAGCAAGCGAAUAAGCCGUCCGCUAAGUCGGCCAGCUCUUCUGAAGAGCUCAUCAGCAAGCUGAACUUCCUGGAGGACGAGGAUCUUGCUUCCGGCAUGAGCACCAACCCCUUUGACGACCCCGCAGAGCUCAACCCCUUUGACGACCCCCACGACACGGCCGAGCUCAACCCCUUUGAUGACCCCCACGACCCCGCCGAACUCAACCCGUUUGGGGAUCCUGACGAGGAAGAGCCCGUCUGCAGACCCUCCUUCCAGGCCAGGGAGAAGGACGAGGAGCUCUUCUUUGACCAGGAGUCCUCCAACCCUUUCUACGAGGCCGAGCCCCAGGCUCCGGAGUACCUCAACCCGUUUGACGAACCGGAGCCGGAACCGGGACCGGAGCGGGAGCCGCGGCCGGAGAGGGGCUGGGGGGACGGCCGGGCGGGGGAGUCCCCCCCCAAACCCGCCCAGCGGAGGAACGUCGGGCCCGUGGACAUGAGCAAGUACCUCUACGCCCAAACCGCCCGGGCGCGGGAGGAGCAGCUCGAGGAGUCCAACCCCUUCUUCGAGCCCAGGUCCUCCAGCCCUGCCGGGGCCUCGCGCCCCUCCCCGGACCUCAGCGUGGAGAGGAGGCAGAAGAGGGCGGCCCCCACUCCGCCCGCCCCGGCCCCCGCCCCGCCGGCACCAAAGACGGCCCCCGAGAGGCCCACGGGCGUGCCCACCGCUGUAGCGUCUGCAGUGGGGAGAGAGCUGGCCUCCGCCUCCCCCAAGCCGAGUCCCAUCCCCAGUCCAGUGUUGGGGGGCAAGCCCAAUGCCAGCCAGUCCCUGCUGGUGUGGUGCAGGGAGGUGACCAAGGACUACCGUGGAGUGAAGAUCACCAACUUCACCACCUCCUGGAGGAACGGGCUGGCCUUCUGCGCCCUGCUGCACCACUUCAGACCGGACUACAUAGACUACAAAUCCCUCAGUCCUCAGGAUAUAAAGGAAAACAACAAGAAGGCGUACGAUGGCUUUGCCAGCCUGGGCAUCUCGCGGCUGCUGGAGCCCUCGGACAUGGUGCUGCUGGCGAUCCCGGACAAGCUGACGGUGAUGACGUACCUGUACCAGAUCCGGGCGCACUUCAGCGGCGAGGAGCUCAACGUGGUGCAGAUCGAGGCCAACAGCAGCCGCAGCACCUACAAGGUGGGCGACUUCGAGACGGACACCAACAGCUCCAUCGACCAGGACAAGUUCUACGCCGAGCUCAACGACGUCCACCGAGAGGCCGAGGCGCAGCCUGCGGGCGCCACGCCCAACGGGGCGAGCGCAUCGCUGGACGAGGAGGCGGAGCCUGUGGUUAUCGCCGCGGCGCCGCUGUCCGUGGCAGAAGACCGCCCCCCGCCCGCUCCCACUCAGGCUCCUGCCCCCCCCGCAGGGUCCCAGCCGCCCCCCUCCUCCUCCAGGACCCCUGACCCCGCCCCGGCCUCCAGGCCCGACGGCGGGAUGGUGGUGCGAGACGCGGCCCAGACGGUGGCGGCCCCUAGUGGCCGGAGGCUGCCCAAGGCCCACACCACCGACCUGGGCCAGCUGCAGGCCAGGAUGGAGUUACGGCCGCCCCCUCCUCCAAUCACGGCGGCCCACGGCGCGGGCAGACCGGCCAGAGAGCGGCCCGGGGAGGCGGAGCCCGGCGCCUCCGUGGCCCCGCCCCUCAAACCGGCCUUGUCCGGCGACAGGGACGCUGAGCUCGCCAAGCAGAGGCGGGCCGGACUGAGGCACUGCGAAUCAGACGCCACCUCUGACACUAGCGCCCCCAGCAACCACACGGACGCGCCCACCAAGCCCACACAGGUGGUUACGUCGCCUCAGCUACCGAACGCCACGGAAGAGAAGAAGGCUCAGUCCAGGCAGGAGGAGCUGAAGGAAAGAGCCAGGCUUCUGUUGGAGCAGGCCCGACGCGACGCGGCCAUGAAGGCCGGCAGCAAGCACACGCCCUUCGCCUCGGCCCUGCCCCGCCCGGCCCACUGCACCGACGAGCAGGACGAGGAGAGGCGCAGGCAGCUGAGGGAGCGGGCAAGGCAGCUGAUAGCCGAGGCGCGGUCGGGAGUGAAGAUGGGCGACUUCCCCUUCUCCAGCGACAUGGCCGCCUCGGACCGAGCCAAGGGCAGGUCCAAGAUGGCCGGAGAUUUUGUGGAGGAAGAGGAGGAGGAGGGGGGAACUGAGGAAGAGCGGAAUGGCGAUGUCGUGGACGCUGCUGCCAUUAACGCUGUAGAUACUAACCCCGAGGAGGCUCCGGCCUGCUCUUACCUAGGAGAGGCCCAUGGGCUCACUAACCCCAGCACUGACUUUGCCUUUCUCGGAGCGCAGACCAGCCGGCAGGCCGAGCUCAGGCUGAAGAGGCCCCAGGCGACAAACUCCUCCUCUUCCUCCUCCUCCUCCCCGACCGGCUCCUCCCCCUCGUCCUGUAGCCCCGGCGACCGGCCGGAGCAGGAGGGCCUGCAGAGCGAGGAGGACGAGCUUCGAGCCGAGCGUCUGCGCAGAGCCACGGAGAGACUGCGCAGCCCCGUGGUGUUCAACAAGGAGUCUGCCAUCAGGAAAACGCAGCUCAAGUCCUUCAGCCAGUACGUGGACAGCAGGCCAGAGGUGAAGCGGCAGAGAUCGGUACCUGAGGACUCAAAGAGGCCGGCCGAGGAGAGAGGUCCGGCCGCCGACCCGCAGCGAAAGCCAUCUGAAGAUGAAAAAGCGUUCAAAGACACCAGCCAGUAUGUAGUGGGGGAGCUGUCCGCUCUGGAGAGCGAGCAGAGACAGAUAGACUCGCGGGCUUCGCGCGUGGAGAGGAGGCUCCGCUAUCUCAUGGACACAGGGAAUAAUAAGGUGGAAGAGGAGGCCAUGAUGCAGGAAUGGUUCAUGCUGGUGAACAAGAAGAACGCCCUCAUCCGCAGACAGAACCAGCUCUCUCUCCUGGAAAAAGAACAUGAUCUUGAGAGACGCUUUGAGCUGCUGAACCGGGAGUUAAGGGCAAUGCUGGCGAUUGAAGACUGGCAGAAGACGGAGGCCCAGAAGCGGCGGGAGCAGCUGCUGCUGGAUGAGCUGGUGAUUCUGGUGAACAAGCGUGAUGCGCUGGUCAGGGACCUGGACGCCCAGGAGAAGCAGGCUGAAGAGGAAGAUGAACACCUGGAGCGGACUCUGGAGAAAAACAAAGGAAAAAUGGCCAAGAAAGAAGAAAAAUGUGUCCUUCAGUGAUUGUCAUACAAGAGAUUUAGUAAACUCUGUCCGUAUAAUGGAGAGAAAAACACUUAAAUACAGAAACCUUAAAAUUCAGUAACCAUUCAGUUCACAGCUGUGUAGUGUUUACUGCUUACGUUUUUUUAAAGUAGCUUUUUAGUGCUGUGUACUGAACCAAGUUUGGUUCCAUCUUUUAUUUUAAUUUUAAUUUAUUUGUUUAUUCAAACAAGUAAGGUACUUUUUCAAUAUAAUAUGCAUCCCAGCACCAGAAAAUACAAACAUAAGAGCCAGAGGCAUUUGAUACCUCGAUACUGAUCAAAGGUUUUAUAAAGAAAAUAUUUGAUCCAAUGGCUUUUGACUUUUACUAAAAAAUCUACAGACACACAGCCUCAUACUGAAUGUGUUUUACUGUAUAAAGGGUACAUUUCUAAACGCUUUUAGGUACAUUUCAUCUUAAGUAUUUGUUCAUAAUGUAGGGGGGUGUCAGUCAAGGGCAAACACUAGUGGGAAAUGUAAUUUUGUUUUCCUUUUUGUUAUUGUAAGCAGUGUUCUAUAAUUUACGAUUUUGUUUGACAAUUUUGUUCCGUUUUCAGAUGGUUUGCACAUAGCUGCGAACCAUUUUAUGAGGGGAGAAUAUUGCAAAAAAAUAAAAUAAAACGUGUUUAGUUGUUGCUCCAACAGCCAUUAUCUGGCAUUUAGAGACGAUGUUAAAAUGAUUGGUGGGAUUGAAUGGGAGGGUGAAUGAACGACCAGAUUGUAUAUUGAAUAUCAUGAUAAAUAUCUUUCAAGAAAAAAAGUUACAAUUCCUUUGCGAACAAGUGAUUAUUUAUUACCGUUUGUCCAUUAUUUGGUCAUUUACAAAUGACCGUAACAUCCUGACCGUGUACAUUUGCUCAAUUACGUUUUUUUUGUUUGUUUUGUUUUGUUUUUUUUGUUAAUAUUUAUUGUAUACUUUAAAGAGAAAUAUGCAGUCAUGUGCAGAUAUCAAGGUUUCACACAUCUGGUGCAACUGUAUUUUUGUGUGACCAAUUACCUGUUUAUUUAUUCUCGUGUCAUAACAGUCUUCAAUAAAUUCCCAGUACUUUCAUACUCUA